AUGACCACAGUUUCUGUGGAGCCGCCUCUGGAUGUACUGGCUGCCAACUUCGAAGAGUACAAUCGCAAAGUUUCGAACCAGACUGACCUAAGUGACAGUCCAGGACCCAUCAGGACCCCGUCCACUGGCUCUUCGGCUGGGCGAUGUAUGGUAUGCGACGACCCUGAUGGAAGUCGGCAUUACGGAAGUGUGUGCUGCAGUGGGUGCAAAGGUUUGUUUAAUUACCGUAGCCUUUUUAAUGACUUGAAAUCCGAUCUGAUAUGAUGAUUUAAUAUGACUUGGCAACAUUUUAUAUUACCAUCUAUCACACUGUUGAGCUCGGUAGCGUACAAUGUUAAUAUAACACAAAUUGAUAUGAUUUGAAGUAGAAAAUGCUUAAGUGAACAUUAAUAUGAUUUAUGAUCAUAUAACCUUUAGGAUUCUUCCGCAGAUCUAUUCGUCACAACCGCUCUUACCAGUGUCCGUACAGCAAGAAGUGUGUCAUUCGGAAAGGUAAUAAAGUUAAAUGUGAUAAGUUAGUGAGCUAUCAAAGUGAUAUAAUAUAGAUCUGUUGUAACAAACAAUAUGCAACAUUAAAGUGGUUUCAAGGAAAAACAAACAUUAAGUCAUUAAUAGUGAUAGUAAGGCACAUUAAGUAUAACUUCGUUUAGAGUACCGCAACUCUUGCCGAGCAUGUCGCCUUCAGAAGUGCAUCGACGUCGGUCUGAAUCCGAUGCUGGUGCACGGUGACAGAGGCUGUGUACGAAAGGACAGUACCGCUUCUUCACCAUCAACUUCUGAUCUCCCUGACACUCCUGGAGAACAACAACGUCCGGGAACGUCAUCAUCUUCUUUGUGCAUGGAAGUGGCCGAUGUGAAGCCGUUGGAGAAGGACUUUAUCGUUGACAACACCUUCUACCAGAGUAAACGGCUGCUGGCGGUAUGUUGGCUUUACAUUAUUACACAUUAUAUUUUCAGUAGCUUGUUAUACGUUUGUAAUUUACAUUAUUGUAGUUUUUUGCUGUUUAUACUCGAUUGUUGUUAUUCGUACUUGUAUGUAGUUAUAUUUGUUACAUAAUUUUGUAGUUUUACGCUGUUUACAUUGUAGAUUUCCAAACUGGACUUGCCUCUGGGCAUUGCCAAACUCAUUCCCGCGUUCAAUCCCGACGAUCCGCUGAGUAUCGGGAAGUACUUUGUUUCUGUUGAAUGGUGAGUUUUAUGGUUUUACACUUGUCAAUGACCAAAAGUUUCUAUCUUUACGUUAUCAAUGCCUUAAUCUGUAUUAUAUUAUCUUUGAAUGUAAAUAACCAAAAUUGUAAAUCAUCGGACUGUUUGCACAUAACCGUGUCAAUGAGUUGUGUUCCUCUCCGCCCGUCCGAACAUCAUCUGUCAUCUUGUAACAGUUGCUUUUCGAUUAUGUUGCGUUUAUGUCCUUUGAGCCAUUUUUUGCAAACCUUUUUCGAAUGCCGUGUCCCGAUGCCCCGAGGACAAGGACAUUUUUGAGAGGUUUAAAGCUCGAAGUCGUGUAUUCACUAGAGUUUUUCUCUGCACUCUCUCCGUUCCUCACGCUGUCGCGGAAUCUGGCACACACCGCGGAAAUGGCAAAAAACAAUACUCUUGGUGGAAUACGGUAGUCGAUCUUUCGUCAUUUGUUGCAUAUGGAGCUCUUUAGCACUUACUUCGAAAAUGUUUUUGAUUCGAAAACAAAACUACUCAAAACAACCCCUUUAACACCGUCAUUAAAACAUUGUGAAACAGCCUGCGGGCGCGUCACAGGAGCAGAGUCUAAUUAACCUUGCGUUUCAAAACAGCCAAAGUAUACACAAACAACUAUGCAAAUGUAGAUAAACACCUUCAAAACACUUAAAAAUGUACUUUCCGGCUUGCAAGUUUUGUGAAAUUUGAAGUUUGGGUACAAAAAACACUAGAAAAUACAGUUUAAAGUCUAAAAAAACUUUACAGAACGUGGCAUAAUUACAAUACAUGACUUUCAGGUUGUGCGACAAGUUCGUGGACACAGAUCUCAGUCACAUCAGCGAUGAAUUCCUUCGCUCAGCAACUCUGGACAUCGAAGUUCCAUUGUCCGAAGCCAUCUCCCAGCCGCGCAAGGUCUGUCUUCGCACGAAUCUGGACUGGGAACCCAAAUUUGAAUAUACCAGUCUUACGAUAAUGAAAUCGUGCUACUGUAGAUUGCUAGUACACUUCUUCGACUGGCUCAGUCACAUUCCAGAACUUCAGGAGCUUUCGGAGUCUGACCAAGUAGGUUUGGUAUUAUUGUCGUUUAAUAGGCCUUCCUAUAUCAAAAUCUUAUCUAUUGUCUUUCAGCGUCUGCUAGUGGUCGAUCGCAUCGUACCAUGUGUGUGGCUUCUGAUGUGCUACAGGACUAUCCUGUCGAACGCUACUGGAGUGUUGUGCACUGGCGGACAGUUUUUCCCACAAAAGGAAACUGGAUACUCUUCCGAAUGGGUAGUUGGCAGCAUCAAAACCGGUAUGUAUUGUUGUACUUUAUUAAUGUUACUAUUUAAUUUAUUUCAUUGUGUAAAAUAAAUUAUAUUGCUUUAGCAAACUACGCAAAAGAUGAGUUGAUAGAGCCAUUAAAGCGAAUGGGGGUCACUAAGACCGAGUAUGCCUUAAUGAGAGUGUUAUGCCUCUGUGUACCAGGUAAGAUAACUCAACUUUGAACUUAUAUGACUUACCUUCAAAAUACCAACAUACGAAGUUAGUUUAAACUUUGAGUAAUGCAAUGUCUUGUUACAGUAGGAGGUCUGAGCGAACAAGGUACCCGUGUUAUCACACAAUCUCGACAAAAGUACCUAGCCACCUUCUCCCAGCUCAUCAAACAAGGAUUGCCGGAGGGAACGAGCGCUACACAAGUGCUACAUCGUAUCAGCAAACUCAUGAUGUUGUUACCUAUUGCAGAAGUAAGCUUUUAAUAGAAUAGUUUAGAUUCAGCAGACUGUAAAUAAUGUAUCUGUGAAGUUAUAUUAUAUAGGAUAAAGUAACACAACAUUGCGUUACAACAAUAAUUUCUUGAUAAAUUAAAGCAACGCCAGUAACUAAACCUAAUGUUUUAGCGUAUUGCUCAAAUGGACGACAACACCAUAGCCAUGAUGUGUGUGUUCAACAUGGCCGAGAUGCGUGGCACUUUACCGUACGAGAUUCACGUCAAAAAGAAGUGA